AUGGCAUCCGUCAAGCUUGGCGUCAAUUACGAAUGGAAGUUCAUCUGUGGCCAUAUAAUGAGGCACCACGGCCAGAUUGCGGCUCAAAGUGCUUCGCUCUCCAACAGCUCUGGUGUCACGAGGAUUUUGGCGUCCGACAAUUGUGUCUACUGCAAGCAUUUCAACCUCGCCGACAAUGUCAACCAGAGCGACACCCAGACCUACAAGAAUGACCGACAAGCCCUAAAGAUCUACGAAUCUCAGGUGGAGACAAUAGAACAACACAUCGAAGACGCCGGUGACAAUGCCAGCCUUAUGAAGAACAUGGAGAAGCUGCUGGAGCAGUGCAACUUGAUGUGGGCGGAGGAGGUGAAGAAGAUGGAGAAGCGAGAGAGCAACAGCCUCAUUCAGCCAGGGCAUCCAGCAUCUCUAAGCACUGCUCUCCUCGAGAAGUUCGACACAGCUUUGUCCAAGGUGAAGCUUCUCGAAAGAGCAGAAAAGAUCUUGCUGAAACGAGUUCAGUUGCCGUCAUACAAGGGACAGUUGACUGCUGCAAGACUAGAGAGUCGCUGCCAGAACUUAAAUGAUUACCACGCAAAGUUGAAGAGAUUCAAGUGGACAGCUCUGGGUAUUGGAUCAUGGAACCACGUGAUUUCUGCUGAGGAAAGACUUGAUUGUGAGUGGGCUGGUGUCGUCGACCUGAUGAAUGCAGAUUGA